AUGGCCACCACCAACGGUACCGCGCCUUGGACUGGCGAACAACCAACCGCGAUCUUGCAUCGCACACCCGUUCGCCCACCCGUCGCGACCGCUGCCACGGGCAUCUAUGUCACUCUCGAGGAUGGCUCGACAAUCAUCGACGCCGUCGGCGGCGCCGCGGUGGCCUGCAUCGGGAACGGCCACCCUGCCGUCCUCAAGGCGAUGAAGGAUCAGAUUGACCAGAUGUGCUAUAUCUACAACUUCCAGCUCACGAGCGUGCCUGCAGAGGAGCUCGCGCAACAUAUUAUCAAGGCCAGCGAUAGCGCAUUUGAGCUUGUCGGUUUCGUCUCUGGUGGCUCCGAGGCGAUGGAAGGCGUGAUCAAGACUGCGCGUCAAUACUAUUUCGAGCUUGGACAGACGCAGCGCAUCAAGUUCAUCGCCCGCAAACUCUCCUUCCACGGCAACACCGUCGCGACCCUCGCACUCGCCCACCAUCCCACCCGUCGCGUACCGUACGCACCCCUGCUCGAUUCGGACAACUACCAUCACGUCUCGCCCGCCUAUGCCGCCCGCUUUCAGACCAAGGGAGAGUCAGAAGAGGAGUAUGUCGCGCGCCUUGCCAAGGAGCUCGACGACAAGUUCCAGGAGCUUGGCCCAGACACGGUUAUCGGAUUUGUCUGCGAGACCGUCGUGGGCGCCACCACGGGCGUCGUCCCGCCCCCGAAGGGCUACCUCAAGGCGAUGAAAGACAUCUGUGACAAGUACGGCGCGCUCUUCAUGCUCGACGAAGUCAUGAGCGGCAUGGGUCGCCUUGGCACGCUGCACGCAUGGCAGACCCACGGCGACGACGCGCGCCCCGACAUCCAGGCCGUCGCCAAAGGCCUGGGUGGCGGCUACGUCUCCAUCGGCGCCGUCCUCGUCUCCCCGCGCGUCGCCGCGCCGCUCGUUGCCGCCGGCGGCUGGAAGCACGGGCACACCUACCAGGCGCACCCGAUCGCCUGCGCCGCCGCGCUCGCCGUGCAGCGCACCGUCGUCGACGAGGACCUCCUCGCGCGCGUGCGCACGUGGGGCCCGCGGAUGGGCGCGCGCCUCGAGGCGGCGCUCCGCGGGCCCAACGCACGCGCGGCGCCGUUCACGCACGACGUCCGCGGCGCGGGCGCGUGGUGGGGCGUCGAGUUCGACUUUGAGAACGACGCCGCGCGCGCGAAGGGGUACGAGGGCAAGGCGUUCGCGAUGGACGUCCAGGCGCGCGCGCUCGAGAACGGGCUGAUCAUCAUGGGCUUCACGGGCGGCGCGAGCUUGGACGGGGCGAUGGGGAACCAUUGUAUGCUCUCGCCGGCGUACAACGUGACGGAGGAGGAGAUCGAGCGGAUCGUGGACCUGUUCGUGAAGAGCGUCGAGGAGGUGCUUGCGGCGAACGGACUGUGA